AUGCCAAUAUACUCUGUCGCCUUUCUCUGUUAUGUGUACCUGGUUGUCGAGGAUCCCUUCUUCUCCUGCUCCUCGAGUCUAGCAGCCCACAUUUUCGUUGACGUUCUCGAUUUCAUAAAAUUGCAACUUGAACGGGCGAACGAUGGGGGUACCGAAGUCACGGAGCGCACCAGAAACAACCGCAUAACACGGGACCACAUUGUCUAUGGAAACUGCUGUGAAAUGCGAAGUGUGAGGUUUGCUUAUGAAAAGCUAAGACCAGCACGGGUGUUGCUCGAUAGUGAAAUUGCAGAUGAUGGCGGCAAUGUAGUGGAAAAUGAGUGGAAGUUAUGA